AUGGACAACCAGCAGGAAACUUCCAAGGGCGUCGCGGUUAUCCCGGCCAAAGAUGUGCCGCAGGCGUGUCUUCUUCGCAUCCAGCGAGACAUCGCCGAGUUCAACGCCGACCCGCCGCCAGGGAUCUUCAUCGCACCAAAGGAGAACGACAUCACAAACAUCAACGCUAUCGUGGUGGGCGCACCGGGCACUCCACACGAAGGUGGUUUCUUCCACUUCUACGUGCAGUGCACCGUCCGCUACCCGCUCGAACCGCCGAAGGUGCGCUUCCUGACAACGGACGCUGGGCGAGUCCAAUUCAACCCACACAUCUACAAAAGCGGGUCCAUCUGCCUCAACACGCUCAACACAAACGGGUCAACGUGGAGUCCAGUCCAGUCCUUGAUCAGCCUUCUUAUUUCCAUCCAGUCGCUGCUCUCCGAGAUGCCGAAAUUCAUCAUCGUGGGGCACAGUGAGCGUUAUGAAUCGGCCCUACAGCACGAGACCAUCAGGGUUGCUGUCUGCGACACGGUGGAGGCUUGCCUUCAAGACAAUGCGCCCUACGCGCAGACUAUAAAGGACGCCGUGCUCAAGAAAUUCACGGAGCUUUACGACAAGUAUGAAAGCGUGGUAAAGUCGAAGCUGCACCUUACGGGAACCAAAAUGAACGACCCAAUGCACCUUAAUUCAGGCACGUAUCAAUUUGAAAAGCUGAUGACGAGGCUUCAAGACCUGAAAGCAAAGGUCACCGAGAAGAACAAAGCUGCUGAUGCUGCCGAUGCUAAUGCGUAA